AACCACAAUGCACAGGACAGGCUCCAGGAACAAAGAAUUAUCUGGCUCAAAAUAUCAGUAGUGCCAAAGUUGAGAAACUCUGGCCUAAACAGGAAGAUCCUAAGACUUGAGAUAUUGAAAAGUUUUUCAGUUCACAUCUGGAUAAUUAAAUAAAGUUUGCUAAUCAAAUCAAAGGAGGAUGGACUCUCUGUGGACAGAAUGGUGACAGAACUUGUAAGUUAAAUCAGGGAACAAUUUGCUGAAUUUUCAGUGCCGCCAAUUUAUAUGUAAAUUACAUUUGUGAUCAUGGAAACUAUUUGGAGGAGAAAUAGCAGUCGAGCAAGAGUAGAUUAUUCCUUAGACCUCCAGGACACCUGGAGACACGCACAUGUACGUAUCCUGGCAAAUGGACCGACUCGGUUGACUUAGGUACUGCUGAAAUGGUGGUCUCCUUGGAGAAUAUGGCGAUGAGUUUUUAAGCUCUUUGCUAUGGACAGUGCUAUCACUCUGUGGCAGUUCCUUCUCCAGCUCCUCCAGAAGCCUCAGAACAAGCACGUGAUCUGCUGGACGUCUAAUGAUGGGGAGUUCAAGCUUCUGCAGGCGGAAGAGGUGGCUCGCCUCUGGGGCAUUCGAAAGAACAAGCCUAAUAUGAACUAUGACAAACUCAGCCGAGCCCUCAGAUACUACUACGUAAAGAAUAUCAUUAAAAAAGUGAAUGGUCAGAAGUUUGUGUACAAGUUUGUGUCUUACCCAGAGAUUUUGAAGAUGGACCCCAUGACAGUGGGCAGGACUGAGGGAGAGUGCGACAUGCUCAGCUUCAGUGAGGUCAGCAGCAGCUCCAAAGACAUGGAGAGUGGGGGGAAAGAGAAGCCGCCUCCCCCUGGAGCCAAGACCUCCAGCCGCAACGACUACAUACACUCUGGCUUAUAUUCUUCAUUUACUCUUAACUCUCUGAACUCCUCCCAUAAGAAGCUUUUCAAAUCUAUAAAGAUUGAGAAUCCAGCUGAGAAACUGGCCGAGAAAAAAUCCCCUCAGGAGCCAACGCCAUCUGUCAUCAAAUUUGUAACAACACCUUCCAAAAAGCCACCAGUUGAACCUGUUGCUGCCGCCGUUUCUUCUGGCCCGAGUAUCUCUCCAUCUUCUGAAGAAACCGUCCAAGCAUUGGAGACUUUGGCUUCCCCCAGACUGCCUUCCCUGGAGGCCCCCACCUCUGCCUCCAGUGCAACCACCGCUUUUCCCACCACGCCUCCUCUUUCCUCCAUGUCCCCAUCUUUGCAAGAUCCUCCAAGAACACCUUCCCCACCGCUGAGUUCUAACCCAGACAUUGACACAGACAUCGAUUCGGUGGCUUCUCAGCCAAUGGAACUUGCAGAGAACUUGUCACUGGAGCCUAAAGAUGAGGGUUCAUUUUUGCCAGAAAAGGACAAAACAAAUAGUUCAUCAAGAUCCAAGAAACCUAAAGGGUUAGAGUUGGCCCCAGCCCUUGUGAUCACAGGCAGUGACCCAAGCCCACUGGGAAUAUUAAGCCCCUCUCUGCCUACAGCUUCUCUCACACCAGCACUAUUUUCACAGACACCCAUCUUACUGACUCCGAGCCCCUUACUCUCCAGUAUCCACUUUUGGAGCACUCUCAGCCCUGUUGCUCCCCUGAGUCCAGCCAGACUGCAAGGUGCUAACACGCUUUUCCAGUUUCCUUCUGUACUGAACAGUCAUGGGCCGUUCACUCUUUCUGGCCUGGAUGGACCUUCCACCCCUGGCCCAUUUUCCCCAGAUCUACAGAAAACAUAACCUAUGCACUUGUGGAAGGAAAGAACGAAGGAAUAAAGAAGGAGAGACAUUCAAUGUGGCUACAUUUGAAGUGAGCAAAUGAUAGUUCCACAAUGCUGAUAAUAGACUAUUGCGAUUUUUGCCGUUCCUUAUUGAAAUGCCUUUUUAGGCUUUUCUUUGAAUAAGACUCAAGUUGGAUUGUGUAUAAAAAUGCCUUAAUUGGAGUCCUAACUCCACCUCCCUCUUUUUCUUUUUUUAAAAUGUUUUGAGCUUUGUGUUAAAGAAAUUUUGGUUUGUGUUAAAGAAAAUUCUGGCUAUGCUUUGCAGGAGCAAUUAAGAACAAAGUUACUCCUUCUGCCUUAUUGGAACCUUUUGACCAAGAAAAAAAUCAUGCUUUGAGUAUAUUAUUUAAAGAAAUAUUAGUUAAGUGAAAUUGGCCAUAUCUUUAGGACUAAGUGUGCUCUGUUGAAUAACUAAAAGUGAGCUGUGCAUAAGCAGCGGAGGGAAAAGAAUCAUUCGUUUUCACACAAAGUAAGAUCGGAGCAGUGCUAUUGGGGAGAUUGUAUUCUGCUGUGAAUGUAACCUGUGUAAGCAACUCCA